ACAGUGAACCUUUCAGACUGCUUCCAUCUUGAACAAUCCCUCAUCGUCUGUGAUUCUCUUACUGCAUGCCACAUCAUGCGAGACAUUAUUCACCUUCCAGGCACUACCCUUGAAGGCGGCGGGCAGCUUCUCCGGCUCGCAACUUGCCUAGCAUCUCUGACAUCAACUCCAAUCCACAUCACUUCAAUCCGCGGGAACCGCUCCGGCGGCGGGGGUCUCAAAUCCCAACAUCUGACCUCGAUCCAAUGGCUCGCCAAAGCAAGCCACGCACGCGUCCGCGGCAUGGGUCUCAAGAGCAAAGAAAUCACCUUUGAGCCAUCGCCUCACAAAUCCGGCGUCAACAUGAGCCUGUGGGAUGCAACCGGCGGCGACAUCACCAUCAAACAAACCACGCCUGGGAGCGUCAACCUCAUUCUCCAGGCUAUACUCCCUUAUAUCCUCUUCGCCUCGACCUCGACAGAUCCAGUCCGCAUCCGCAUCACGGGUGGAACCAACGUCUCCAACAGCCCGUCGUGCGAUUAUAUCGAACAAGUGCUGUUCCCUAUGCUCGCGCUCAUUGGGAUCCCGCCCAUCACUACGAAACUCCAUUCACGCGGCUGGUCGCAAGGAGGUACUACGCUCGGCAGCGUGACAUACACCGUGACUCCAUUACCCUCACCCCCCUCUCCUCCACCAGAACCCCAGCACAACGACGACGAACCCUCAAAACAACGCUCCAGCCCAGCUCGUGCGGGCAAACUCCCAGCCUUCACCCUCACCACCCGCGGCACAAUCACAUCGAUCCACGCCACCAUCCUCGCGCCGUCCGCCCAUCAGCAAGCCUUUGAAUCUCACCUCCACACCGUGCUCACUUCCUCAUCUUUCCAAGCUUCCCUCCACCCUGAAUCCUCUUCAUCUUCGUUUUCUUCUACUUUACCUGAUCCCAACAGCACAUCGCCCCUCCCUCCUCCUCCAAUCCCAAUAACAAUAACAUCCUCGCCAUCCCACCACGAAAAACGCUUCUACCUUCUACUAGUAGCAACAACCAGCACGGGCAUAAAACUCGGGCACGACCACCUCUUCUCCUCCCGUCUCCGACCAGACACCAACAUCCAGCGCGACGUCAUCGAAUCCACAGCAGAGAAGACCAUCCAAGGGCUGGUCAGGGAAGUGAGAAGCGGAGCGUGUGUAGACGAGUGGAUGAGGGAUCAAAUAGUAGUUUUUCAAGCGUUGGCGCAAGGAAGGAGCGUUGUUGAUGGCGGGGGGGAUCGCGAGGCGAGUCUGCACGCGAGGACUGCGGAGUGGGUUGCUGAGAGGAUGCUUGGGGUUAGGUUCGAGGGGGGAGGAGGGUGUGUGGGGGUUGGGUAUAGGGGAGGGUGGGGGGAGGAAGUCGAUGGCGUUGCUGAGGGGUUGGCGAGGCUUGCGGUGUAG